AUGUCUAUUUGUGAUGAAACUGCUAUUGAACAGGCUAUUACAGAGCAAAUUAAAGGCAUAUUAAAAGUUAAUAGUUAUAAUAAUCUUCAUGAAUCACCAUAUCCUGAAGUAGCCGAAGUAAUGAACAAUUACUCCUCUAACAUUGUUCUUUUACGACAAACUGAUGAGGUUCGUGAGAUGCAAACAGUUCUCAGAGACACAAGCACUCCCAGAAAUGAUUUUGUCUUUUACGCUAAUCGACUAAUUCGUUUGGUGAUGGAAGAGGGUUUGAAUCAGCUCCCUUUUGAAGAGGUGUCUGUGGUUACGCCAACAGGUCAAAAAUACGAUGGCCUGAAGUUCCUGAAGGGUAAUUGUGGUGUUUCCAUAGUCCGUAGUGGUGAAGCCAUGGAACGUGGGUUACGUGAUUGUUGCCGAGCUCUGCGAAUCGGAAAGAUUCUCGUUACCUCUCCUGAAGGAUUUGGUCAAUCUCGCUCGCAUCCACGAGCAGUUUACGCCAAACUCCCACCUGGUAUUGAAUCUCGCAAAGUCCUCCUCAUGUAUCCCACUCUGAAAACGGGAAAUACAGUUCUUACGGCUUUGGACUUGCUUCGAUCAUACAACGUUUCUCCCAAGAACAUAAUUCUGCACACACUUUUUGCGUCGCCCCAAGGUCUGAAGAAUGUUAUAACUGCCAAUCCAGAUUUAACAAUUGUGACCUCCGAAAUCCAUCCUGUCGUCCCUGGCCAUUUUGACCAAUCAUACUUUGGUACUGUUUAG